AUGGCUCAGCAAUACGCAGACAUGUAUCAAGCAUACGACAACAACCGGUCGCCGGGCUCCACGCGUGGAUAUCCGAGCACGCUGAACCGCCAGCCAUCGCGACACUUUGAAAACAGCUACGGCAUGGGUCAGACGCAAGGUCUCUACACGGCAGAGGACCACGCUGCGCGAUAUGAGGGCCCCUCUCGAUUUGAGAACCGGAUGCCUUCGGCGACCCUCCACGCCAAUUACCAGUACGACACCCAGAGCUGGAACUAUGGAGGGGCUAAUGGUGCGAUGGGCGGGACGGGACGAGUUAAGCCUCAAACUCGCAGGGCUGGACUGCCUACUGUCUGGAUGGAUCCACAAAUGCAGCAACAGUCGCAGAACAUGGACAGCUACCAAAUGAACGGCCAAUUCAACCCCCAAAUGAUGCAGGAACCUCAACGUGGCUCCCCCCCUGCCCCUGGGCGACUCGAACGCGAGGAGCUUAUCCCUACCGCUAUCGUUAUCAAGAACAUACCUUUCGCCGUUAAGAAGGAGCAGCUUGUCGCUCUCAUGUCUGAAAUGCAACUUCCGCUUCCCUACGCUUUCAAUUACCACUUCGACAACGGCGUCUUCAGAGGUCUUGCCUUUGCAAACUUCACCAACCCUGAGGAGACAAGACAUGUCAUCGGUGCGAUGAAUCACAUGGAGCUACAAGGUCGAAAACUGAGGGUUGAAUACAAAAAGAUGCUCCCAGCUGAGGAGAGGGAACGUAUCGAGAGAGACAAGAGAGAGAAGCGUGGUCAGCUUCAGGAGCAACAUCAGCCUAUUCCUCCGGGCCAGGUUACAAAUCCACUCCAUCCUCAAUCCUCUAUGGCGUCUAUCGGAUCUAAUCACCAUCCCACAUCACCGUCGCCCGUCUCGAUGCGCGGCAAGUUGGAAAUCGAUUUGAAUGAUCCGACGACCCUUGGAUAUUAUAAUGAGCUUAUGUUGUUUAAGAACACUGAAGGAAAGGAGACUCUGAUCUUCCCGAGCACAGUAUCGCCAACUGACCGCCGCAUCAUCCACACUCUUGCUCACCACAUGGGGCUGGAGCACAGGUCUGAAGGUCAAGGAGAUACACGCUGUGUUCAGAUCCUCAAGCGAGGAGCUACAAUCAGUCCACCGGUUCCUCAAGGGCAGUCUCUUUACAAUCCACAACUGGAUGGACGCCGUAUCUUGAAUCGCGCAGCCACGAUCGACUUCAGCGAAACCCGUGAGGCAGGAUCCCAUUACCACACUCUGCGCAAUCAGACCUCGGGCGGCCACUUGGACAUCCCUAAUUCGCCGGGAAUGCAUCCCGUUGGGCCCAAUCUUCGAGCCGCAAAAUCAUUCGCCGACUUGCGUUCGUAUACACCUUCACCAGUGCCCUCUACCGCCAGUUUUCCUGCUGGUCUUACCCAAAACAUUUCGAGGUAUACUGACUACGGCCAUUCCUCUGCAGCUUCCGGCACACCUAAUCUCACACCGACCUCCGCCAGUGGGAUGAAUGCUCGCGAGGAUUUCCUCAUCAGUGGCAUGAACAGCAUGUCAAUGUACGAGCGGCCUCAAAAUAAUCGGAGCGGGCGCAUCGGCCAGGAGAGGGAGACCCACACCCCCAGCGCCGGCCCUAUCGGAAGCCAACGUCCAAAUGGAAACAGUAACAAUUACGAAGAGAACCCCCGAAAUGGGUCUUCGACGGUUAUUGAGAGACAGCCAAGAGGACCUGGCAAUGACUGGGGAUCUGGAGCACAAGGUUUUGGCAGACAGCGACAGAAUGGUCAUGCCAAUAGAGGCAGUGGUGAGCAUGAUCUCAAGCGCUACGAGUCGAACUGGGAUGAUAACAGAGCUUAA